UUUCAGUCCGAAUCCGAGUUCGUUCCAUUCGAUUCCAAUUCCUAUUCUGAAUACUACAAUUGGCGUCGCGGUAUAGAGUUGAGCACUAUCGAUUCUGCAUUCACAUUCAUCCGAGAUCGAAGAAUGGGUCAAACGUUUAAAGCUCUGGUGCAGCCUGGAGCAGAACGGGAAGCAGGAGCAAUCAGUACUAUUUCUCUCGGUCGGUGGAAAGGAAAUGCACUCUCUGCUGAAGAAUCUCGUGUCCCUUAA